GACCCUUCCUCCUGGACCUGUCCCGAAGGGGACAGCGGGGCGGAGCGGGACGCACCUAGCAAGCAACCAGCCGCGGCCUCGGGGUAGAACUUUGGAGAAGGGAGUUAGAGGGAAAGCGGUCUUCGGAACUGGCGAAGUUUUGCUGAAAUAGGGGAGCCACUUCCACAAAUGAAGCACCUACUACGGUACUGUGGAACACUGCUAGGGAAGAUGAUGGUGGUGCUACCCCAGUACAGGAUGAACGGGAUUCAGGGUCAGACGGUGAGGAUGAUAUCAAUGAGCAGCAUUCCGGAUCCGACACUGGAAGCUUAGAACGGCAUUCAGAGAUCUAAUGAAAUUGGUAUCUGGAGGUGAGAAGCUUUCACCAAAGCUCCUCAAGAGAUUCCUGGGAACUUUGGAUGUAUCUUUUAUUAAUGUUGCUGAGCUGGCAGAAAUGAGUCUGGAGAGAAUGAACGUAGCGAUCCAGAAGAUGGUCUCAUCAAAAGACAUCACAUGACAGACUCUGAGAAUGAUGAGCCCUCAAAUCUUAAUGCUAGUGACUCUGAAAGUGAGGAGCUUCACAGGCCCAAGGACAGUGACUCUGAGUCUGAGGAGCGGGCAGAGCCUCCUGUGAGUGAUUCUGAAAAUGAGGAUGCCAAUCAGCACGGGAGUGACUCAGAGAGUGAGGAGACCCAGAAAUUACCUGGGAGUGACUCUGAAAAUGAGGAGCUGCUUAAUGGACAUGCAAGCGACUCUGAAAAUGAAGAGGUUCAAAAGCAUGCUGCCAGUGACUCAGAGAUAGAAGAGGUCCAGAAGAGUCCCACCAGUGACUCUGAGACUGAGGCUCUAAAACCUCAAGGCACUGACUCUGAGAGUGAGGAGCUGCCACAGCACCAGGCCAGUGACUCGGAAAACGAGGAGGCCCCCAAACCACAAAUGAGUGAUUCAGAAAGUGAGGAGCUUCCUAAGCCUCGGGUCAGUGACUCAGAAAGUGAGGAACCCCCGAGGCACCAGGCCAGUGACUCAGAAAAUGAGGAGCUCUCCAAACCCCGGAUAAGUGACUCAGAAAGUGAGGACCCUCCAAGACACCAGGCCAGUGACUCAGAAAAUGAAGAGCUCCCCAAGCCCCGAGUUAGUGACUCUGAAAGUGAAGACCCCCCAAGGCACCAGGCCAGUGACUCAGAAAAUGAGGAGCUCCCCAAGCCCCAAAUUAGUGACUCGGAAAGUGAGGAACCCCCAAGGCACCAGGCCAGUGACUCAGAAAAUGAGGAGCUCCCCAAACCACAAGUCAGCGACUCUGAGAAUGAGGAGCCUCAGAAGGGACCGGCUAGUGACUCUGAAGCUGAGGACGCUGCCCCCCUCAAACAGAAGCCACAGUCAGAUGAUGACAGUGACGGGGAGAAUAAGGGAGCGGAUGCAGAGGUUCAGAAUGACUCCUACUCAGAUAGCCAUACAGCCAGAAAAAAGUUUCACAGUUCUGACAGCGAGGACGAAGUGCCCAAAAGGCAGAAAAUGGACAGUGAUGAAGAUGAAGAAAAAGAAGACGAGGAAGAAAGAGUAGCAAAGCGGAAAGCCGCUGUGCUUUCUGAUAGUGAAGAUGAAGAAAGAGCCUCAGCAAAGAAGAGUCGUGUUGCCUCUGACGCUGAUGACUCUGACAGUGAUGUUGUGUCAGACAAGUCAAGCAAAAGAGAGAAGACUGUAGCAUCAGACAGCGAAGAAGGAGGGAAAGAAUUGUCUGAUAAGAAAAAUGAAGAGAAGGAUCUGUUUGGCAGUGAUAGUGAGUCGGGCAAUGAUGAAGAAAAUCUUAUUGCAGACAUAUUUGGAGAAUCUGGUGAUGAAGAAGAAGAAGAAUUCACAGGUUUUAAUCAAGAAGAUUUGGAAGAAGAAAAAGGUGAAACACAGGUGAAAGAAGUAGAAGAUUCAGAUUCUGAUGAUAACAUCAAGAGAGGCAAGCAUAUGGACUUCCUGUCGGAUUUUGAGAUGAUGUUGCAGCGGAAAAAAAGCAUGAGUGGCAAGCGUAGACGUAAUCGUGAUGGUGGCACCUUUAUUAGUGAUGCUGAUGAUGUCGUUAGCGCCAUGAUUGUCAAGAUGAAUGAAGCUGCCGAGGAAGACAGACAGUUGAACAAUCAAAAAAAGCCAGCUCUGAAAAAAUUAACUUUAUUGCCUACUGUGGUUAUGCAUCUUAAGAAACAGGACCUUAAAGAAACAUUUAUUGACAGUGGUGUGAUGUCUGCUAUCAAAGAGUGGCUCUCACCUCUACCAGAUAGGAGUUUGCCAGCGCUUAAGAUUCGGGAGGAGCUGUUGAAGAUUCUGCAAGAGCUACCUAGUGUGAGCCAGGAGACCCUGAAGCAUAGUGGGAUUGGACGAGCAGUGAUGUAUCUCUAUAAACACCCCAAGGAAUCAAGGUCCAACAAGGACAUGGCAGGGAAAUUAAUCAAUGAGUGGUCUCGGCCUAUAUUUGGUCUUACCUCAAACUACAAAGGAAUGACAAGAGAAGAAAGGGAGCAGAGAGAUCUAGAACAAAUGCCUCAACGACGACGACUGAGCAGCACUGGUGGCCAGACACCCCGAAGAGACCUAGAAAAGGUGCUAACAGGAGAGGAGAAAGCUCUUAGGCCUGGAGAUCCUGGAUUCUGUGCCCGAGCAAGGGUCCCAAUGCCUUCAAAUAAGGACUAUGUUGUCAGGCCCAAGUGGAAUGUGGAAAUGGAGUCAUCUCGGUUUCAGGCAACUUCCAAGAAAGGUAUCAGUCGACUGGAUAAGCAGAUGAGAAAAUUCACAGAUAUCAGGAAAAAAAGCAGAUCUGCACACGCAGUGAAAAUCAGCAUCGAGGGCAAUAAAAUGCCGUUGUGACCUUGCCUGGGAUAUGUCCCUAUCUCUGCUCUAAGAGAUGCACAAUGGACUCUUUGGAGAAAGAAGAUAUUUUAAAAUUUUUUUUUAGUAUGUCUGUAAAUGGUUCAGCUUGUAUCACAUGUUGUCAUAGGACUCACAUUUCUCUUAGUUGUAUUUAAAACUGUUGUGUACUUUGUACAGAAAAAUAGUAGUUGUCCCUCUAUAAGCUUUACACAAUAAAAUUUCAUUCUGGUUUGGA